CGCCCUUCCGCACAAACCUCUCAACACCCGUCUCUUCGCUUUAAUCGGCUACAAAACCAAAUAUGUCUGGCCGUGGCAAAGGUGGCAAGGGUCUCGGAAAGGGCGGUGCCAAGCGUCAUCGUAAGAUUCUUCGUGACAACAUCCAGGGUAUCACCAAGCCCGCCAUUCGCCGUCUUGCCCGUCGUGGCGGUGUCAAGCGUAUCUCCGGCCUCAUUUACGAGGAGACCCGUGGUGUUCUCAAGAUCUUCCUCGAGAACGUCAUCCGUGACUCCGUAACAUACACUGAGCACGCUAAGCGCAAGACUGUCACUGCUCUCGAUGUCGUUUAUGCUCUUAAGCGAUCGGGGCGCACUCUCUACGGUUUCGGCGCAUAGAUGUUUCGUCUUUGACUUUUUUCUCUGGCUAUCUUUAUUGUGUUACUGUAAAGUAUAAUGUACACUAUUUUCUAUCCUCUGUCCAUGCCAAGAUC